UGAGACUGUAGAAGAGACGAGCUAAUUGACCAAUGAGGACUACGGGGCGGGAUCCUUUACCGCGGCGGAGUCCAAGAUGGCGGCGUGCGGUUCCGCUGUGUGAAACGAGCGCGGGGCGGCGGGUUAAUCAUCUCCUCGGAGACGACCUCCGACGACCCGCAACAAUGAAGGGAAAAGAGCGCUCUCCAGUCAAGCCCAAACGCUCCCGUGGAGGUGAGGACUCGACUUCCCGCGGCGAGCGGAGCAAGAAGUUAGGGGGCUCUGGUGGCAGCAAUGGGAGUAGCAGCGGAAAGACCGACAGCGGCGGCGGGUCGCGGCGCAGCCUUCAUCUGGACAAGUCCAGCAGCCGAGGUGGCAGCCGCGAGUAUGACACUGGUGGGGGCAGCUCCAGUAGCCGCUUGCAUAGUUACAGCUCCCCAAGCACCAAAAAUUCCUCGGGCGGGGGCGAGUCGCGCAGCAGCUCCCGGGGUGGAGGCGGGGAGUCACGUUCCUCUGGGGCCGCCUCCUCAGCUCCUGGCGGCGGGGACGGCGGGGAAUACAAGACACUGAAGAUAAGCGAGUUGGGGUCCCAGCUGAGUGACGAAGCGGUGGAGGACGGACUGUUUCACGAGUUCAAACGUUUCGGUGAUGUAAGUGUCAAAAUCAGUCAUCUCUCGGGUUCUGGCAGCGGGGAUGAGCGAGUAGCCUUUGUGAACUUCCGGCGGCCAGAGGACGCGCGGGCGGCCAAGCAUGCCCGAGGCCGCCUAGUGCUCUAUGACCGGCCCCUGAAGAUAGAAGCUGUGUAUGUGAGCCGGCGCCGCAGCCGCUCCCCUUUAGACAAAGAUACUUAUCCUCCGUCAGCCAGUGUGGUCGGGGCCUCUGUAGGUGGACACCGGCACCCCCCUGGAGGAGGUGGAGGCCAGAGAUCGCUUUCCCCUGGUGGCGCAGCCUUGGGAUACAGAGACUACCGGUUGCAGCAGUUGGCUCUUGGCCGCCUGCCCCCUCCACCUCCGCCACCAUUGCCCCGUGAGCUGGAGAGAGAGCGAGACUACCCGUUCUAUGAGAGAGUGCGCCCAGCAUACAGUCUUGAGCCAAGGGUGGGAGCUGGAGCAGGUGCUGCUCCUUUCCGAGAAGUGGAUGAGAUCUCACCCGAGGAUGAUCAGCGAGCUAACCGGACGCUUUUCUUGGGCAACCUAGACAUCACUGUGACAGAGAGUGAUCUAAGAAGGGCUUUUGACCGCUUUGGAGUCAUCACCGAGGUAGACAUCAAGAGGCCUUCUCGGGGCCAGACCAGUACCUAUGGCUUUCUCAAAUUUGAGAACCUAGACAUGUCUCACCGGGCCAAACUAGCAAUGUCUGGCAAAAUUAUUAUUCGGAAUCCUAUCAAAAUUGGUUAUGGUAAAGCUACACCCACCACCCGCCUCUGGGUAGGUGGUCUGGGACCUUGGGUGCCUCUUGCUGCCCUGGCCCGAGAGUUUGACCGAUUUGGCACCAUUCGCACUAUAGACUACCGCAAAGGUGAUAGUUGGGCAUAUAUCCAAUAUGAAAGCCUCGAUGCGGCUCAUGCUGCCUGGACCCAUAUGCGUGGCUUCCCACUUGGUGGCCCAGAUCGUCGCCUUAGAGUAGACUUUGCAGAUACAGAACAUCGUUACCAGCAGCAAUAUCUGCAGCCUCUGCCCUUAACUCAUUAUGAGUUGGUGACAGAUGCUUUUGGACAUCGAGCACCUGACCCUUUGAGGGGUGCUCGGGAUAGGACACCACCCUUACUGUACAGAGAUCGUGACAGAGACCUUUAUCCUGACUCUGACUGGGUGCCACCCCCACCCCCAGUCCGUGAACGCAGCACUCGGACUGCAGCUACUGCUGUGCCUGCUUAUGAGCCACUGGAUAGCCUGGAUCGCAGGCGAGAUGGCUGGUCCUUGGACCGGGACAGAGGCGAGCGAGAUCUGCCCAGCAGCAGAGACCAGCCUAGGAAGCGAAGGCCGCCUGAGGAAAGUGGGGGCCGGCACCUGGAUAGGUCCCCUGAGAGUGACCGUCCCCGAAAACGUCACUGUGCUCCUUCUCCCGACCGCAGCCCAGAAUUGACCAGUAGCCGGGAUCGCUACAACAGUGACAAUGAUCGAUCUUCCCGUCUUAUCUUGGAAAGGCCCUCUCCAGUCAGAGACAGACGAGGUAGUCUGGAGAAGAGCCAGGGUGACAAGCGAGACCGUAAAAACUCUGCAUCAGCUGAACGGGAUAGGAAGCACCGGACAGCUGCUCCCACUGAGGGAAAAAGCCCUCUGAAAAAAGAAGACCGGUCUGAUGGGAGUGCACCCAGCACCAGCACUGUUUCCUCGAAGCUAAAGUCCCCUUCCCAGAAACAGGAUGGUGGGACAGCCCCCGCAGCUGCAGCCUCUCCCAAACUCUGUUUGGCCUGGCAGGGCAUGCUUCUUUUGAAGAACAGCAACUUUCCUUCCAACAUGCAUCUGUUGCAGGGUGACCUCCAAGUGGCUAGUAGUCUUCUUGUGGAGGGCUCAACUGGAGGCAAAGUAGCCCAGCUCAAGAUCACUCAGCGUCUUCGUUUGGACCAGCCCAAGUUGGAUGAAGUAACUCGACGCAUCAAAGUGGCAGGGCCCAAUGGUUAUGCCAUUCUUCUGGCUGUGCCUGGAAGUUCUGACAACAGGUCCUCCUCUUCUUCAGCCACGUCAGACACUGCCACCUCUACUCAGAGGCCACUUAGGAACCUUGUGUCCUAUUUAAAGCAAAAGCAGGCCGCUGGGGUGAUAAGCCUCCCUGUGGGGGGCAACAAAGACAAGGAAAACACCGGGGUCCUACAUGCUUUCCCACCCUGUGAGUUCUCCCAGCAGUUCCUGGAUUCCCCUGCCAAGGCACUGGCCAAAUCUGAAGAAGAUUACCUGGUCAUGAUCAUUGUCCGUGGGUUUGGUUUUGAGAUGGCAGUUAGGGGUGAGAGCAAGAAGAGAAGUGGAGCUGACCCUGUUAACAUUCUGGUUAUAAUGAUGUCCCUAAAGGGAUAAAAUGAUUUCAGGUAACCACAGCGAACUGUCUUGCUAAAUAAAAAGGUUUCUAUGUUUGAUUUAAACAGUUGAAAAGUAAAAGUCCUAAAAUGUUCUUGGCCGUUUAGCGAUUGUUCUUAAUGAGUUUUCUUAAAAGAACAGCUGCUGUCUUUGGUAACACAGAUGAAGGUGGAUUUUUAAAUGGCUUCGUAUCUUGACCCCUUUCUACAACGGAGUAGUUCUGGAUUGUUCCAUCUAAAUUAUGGAAUGAGACCAGAGAGGGUAAAAGUUUAAACUCCACCUUUUUUUAGUUUCAUUUUUUAAGUUAUAUUUAGAAUAUAUUGAUCAUAAAUUGAUUAUAAACUUACUUUUUUCUGAAUUUUUUUGACAUGUUUUACUCAGUUACAUGAGUAUAAAGGGUAUUUUCAGUCCUAUAAUCUUUGCUUAAUUGCAGUCCUUAAAAAAAUCCACCCUGUUGUUCUACUUGUUAUUUGUCUAUUCAUACAGUAAAUUCAUUCAAGGUAUGUGCCAGUGGGUAUUAUUGGUGCUUUUUGAAGUCAAGCUGGACUAUCCAGGAAGGUCUUGUUAAUGUUAUGUUCAUCUAUAAUGGCAUAGGGGAAAUAUAUAUAUUUUUAAUAUUGUAAACAUUUGUACUGAAUAACCUUUUUUUCCCCCCCGCAAGCAAAACUGGUGAACUGCGGAUUGAAGAUAUGGAAUUCAAAGCUCUAAUGGACCUUUUUGAAGAGAAGUUGUGGCUUAUGUGGAGUUUACAUGGGCCUCUUGAUGGAAGAAAGCUAAUCUGUUUAGUAUUUGUGCAUUUUACUAAAAUGGCAGCUUAAAGUUGUGUAUCUGCUAUUGUGAUGCCAAUGCCGGUGUUUUAAGUGGAAAAAAAAUGACCUCUUGCUUUGUGCUGUGUACACAAGAUUUCUGGAAAAGUAAAGAAAAACCCUUUUUAUGGCUCACACAGCUUAAAAGUAGCUGUCACUCAAACGUGCGCUCACAGUUGAGCUGCUUUUGUUUUAUUCUAAAUAAAUUGUUUCUUUUGAGG